GAAACGCACUGCGAGUUGUCAACAAAAGACAUUUACCGCAAAGGAAGUUUUUUGUGAUCGAAAAUCCAUGAAAAAACCGCGGAUUUCGGGAAGAGCUUCGAAAAAGUGAAGUGGAUUAUCAUUUUUAGUUUUAGUGGUCCUACAUGAAAGUAUGAAGAGGCGAAAUGUUGAGCUGGCUAAGAUGAGAAGACCUGUAAAAAGGACCAAAAUUUCUGAAGGCUUUUUCGGAAGUUCCCUGGGAUAUGUGCGAUUUUUUAUCCUGUGGGCCUUUGUAAUAUUCUUCGACUACAUAUUGGAGUUCCGUUUCGAGUACAUAUGGCCCUUCUACCUGCUGAUCCGGUCGGUGUACGAUUCGUUUAAGUACCAGGGCCUGGCCUUUUCCAUUUUUUUCGUUUUAAUCGCAAUGACAUCAGACAUGCUGUGCUACUUCUUCAUACCUGUCAAUUGGCUGUUCUUCGUCGCCAGCAGUUACGUAUGGAUACAGUAUGUCUGGCACACCGAUAAAGGUUUCAACGCACCCUCAGUGAUACUUUGGAUGAUAUUCUUGUAUUUGGAGUCAUCCGUUCGGAUACGAGAUCUCAAAUACCUUCCGGGUCACUUGGAUCUCUGUCGACCGUUUGCGGCGCACUGCAUAGGGUAUCCAGUUGUCACGUUAGGAUUUGGAUUCAAAUCGUACGUUGGUUACAGAAUGCGACAGCGUAAGCAACAGCAGGUAGCCAAAGAGAACCAGUUCUACAUGCAACUGAUGCAACAGGCGCUGCCUGUGGAGACGCCACCUGACGCCGCGGAACAGGUGGCAACGACGCCGACCGCCAACGGCACGGCAACGGCUGCUGCGACCUCUCCAGCACCAAAUGUACAAAAUAAUAAUAAGAUACAUAACCAUAGUCAUAAGGAAAAGAAUGGCCACAUACAGAAUGGGUCAAUAGCGAAUGGGCUUAAUCAUGGGACGAAGUCCCACAAGAGGUUGUCAGCUGAAAAAAGUCGAGAAUCAGCCGAUCAUCAUGAACACAAACAUUCUGAUAGGCACAUAGAAAAACAUAAGGUAAAUCAUUCACACAGUAACGGUUCUGUGGUGGAAUUGCACGAAGAAGUGACGGAACCGGAACCGAAACAGACGAGGAGAAAAGAGAAAAAAGAACAGGACAAAGAGAGAGAGGCUCAGGAGUACUUACAGAGGCUGGAGACCGAAAGUCGGAGGCUGAGGUCCGAUCUUGUUCAGAGCAGGGCCAGCGAACAAGAAUUAAGAAUACAGGUCGCUUCCUUAACCACCAGUGAGAAAAGCACAAAAGGCGAGCUGUCCCUGCUACAACGGCAGGUGGAAGAUCUGCAGGAUCGUCUACAGAACGCCACCGCCUCCAAGCAGUCCGACAAACAGUCGAUCGGCAACUUGGAGAGGCGAAUCACGGAGGAGAGGAGGCUCAGGUCGAGCCUCGAAUCUCAGCUCAACCAGGAGCGGAAGAACAGAAAGCAGGACGAGGCCAGACUUGCACAAGUAACAGCACAACAGUCGUCGAGAACAGAAUGCACAGACAUGUGUAAAACGCGGCGACGCGACUUAGAAGGCGAAUUGUCCGAAUGUCGACAGGCCCAACGUUGGGCUGAAGAAAGGUGUAAAACGUUAGAGCUGGAGAAGCAGAGUCUGGCAGAGCAGAUCCGCGACACGGAGAUGCUAAUAGCCGCUUUGACGGCGCUGCAGGACAAGAACGCCCACCUGGAGAAGUCGCUCUCGGCGGAGACGCGCAUCAAAUUAGAUUUGUUCAGCGCUCUGGGCGAGGUGAAACGGCAGUUGGAAAUUAGAGAAAACGCCAACCGAGUCCAAGAGAAGGAGAUAGAGGAGCUCAAAGGCAAGAUCGCCCAAGUGCUCGCCGUCAUGCCCAACGACACGUUCGGCGCGCCCCCCGGCUCCGCCCCUUUGACGCCCGCCUCCUCGGCGCAGGGGGGCGUGGCCAUGUCGAGGGUGCGGCUGGCCGAGAGCCCGCCCGCCGGCCUCUCCAAGCUCGACCCGAACGCCACGGCCUACACGCCCAAGAACUCGUCGCUCAUAACCUCCACGGAAGCUUGAGGAGGGGGAGGAGUUACGACGGGGCGGUGCCCCGCCUCCCUCCCUCGCUUCUUCGUUCGUUGCGUUAUCGAUUUUUUUAUUUUUAUUACUGAUUAUUAAUUAUUGAACGAACGAGUCGGUUGUUAUAUAAUUAUUAAUUUCUCUGGUCGUGCGGAUGGUGGAAAAAGUGUGGGAUAUCAGGAGACUGGAGAUUUGUAAAACUGGAUGAGUAUUUUUUAUGUUUUGGGUGCUUGUAAAAAUGGGGCUGACUACUUCGAUAUAAGUCGGAGAUGAUACGUAAAGAUUAUACGAAAUAAACUUUUAGUCACGUGAUUAACAGCGUUGUCCACUUUUACAUAUUGUCAGUGAAACGUGAUA